AGAAUCUUGUGAUGCUAUGACGUCAGAGAAUCAUAGGACUUGUCGCCUUGUUUUAUUUCAACUAUAUAUAUACUGAUGUCACACUAUCUCAUUUCUAUAUAUAUUGAUGUCACACUGUCUUCGUUCUCUAUAGAUUAAUGUGAUACUGUCUACCAUAACCCAUUGCUGUCUCCUGGUCUUUUACAAACUCAGGCUUCCUGUGGCCCCGGCCUUGGGUCAUUCUAUUUUCUUACUCAACAGAACAGCUGCAAGUCAGCAAUCUAUAGUAAUAUCCUAGGGAAGUUUCGACAUCAGAUACACUCAACAUUGCUUCUCUCAUCAUCGGACACAUUGACUGACACUUUUUCAUUACUGGCAGACACUCACAUCCAUUCAUCUCUCUGGGACCAACUUCUCUGAAGACAUUUAAACAUGUCUGUCCCGUCAGCACCCAACCAACCUGGUGGGUUUAUGCCAACAUAUACAGGACCACCACCUAGCUAUCAAGAGUCAGAACAUUUUAAAAGUAACACUGGUUACACUGGAAACUAUGGUUCUAUGAACCAACAGCCAAUGCCUAGCUAUUAUCCCCCACAUCAACACACAACUGUUACAGUUCAGCCUCCUCCACAAGUAGUUGUAGUCGGAGGUUGUCCAGCUUGCAGGGUUGGCAUUCUUGAAGAUGAUUUCACAUGUCUCGGAGUGUUGUGUGCUCUGUUAUUUUUCCCAGUAGGAAUUCUUUGCUGUUUAGCCAUGCGACAACGGAGAUGUCCCAAUUGUGGUGCCAUCUUUGGUUAACUUAAUAUCAUGGUUACUUUUUACAAUGGACUAAACUGUUUUGAAUUUGAAGCUGACUCAUAUUUGUAUAAAUUAACAUUGUUUCUGAAUGUGUGUGUGUAUGGAUAUAUGCACACACAUCCAGAUACAUGCGCACAACUUAAGUAUAUAUAUAAAUAGUAUAUAUAUAUAUAUAUAUAUAUAUAAAUAAAUGAAAUAUAUAAAUAUAAUAUACAUGUGUAUAUACAUGUGGAUAUGUGAUAUACACGUGUGUGGAGAUGACAUACACGUGUGUGGAGAUAUGAUAUACGCAUGUGUGGAAAUAUGAUACACACGUGUGUGGAGAUAUGACCUACACGUGUGUGGAGAUAUGACCUACACGUGUGUGGAGAUAUGACCUACGCAUGUGUAGAGAUAUGAUACACACAUGUGUGGAUAUGACACACGUGUGUGGAUAUGACACACGUGUGUGGAUAUAUGACAUACACGUGUGUGGAUAUACGACACAUACAUGUGUGGAGAUAUGACACACGUGUGUGUGUAUAUGUAUUGUGUGUAUAUUAUGUGUGUGUGUAUAUGAUAUAUGUAUAUGUGUGUGUGUAUAUGUAUAUAUGUGUGUAUAUGUAUGUGUGUGUGAUAUAUGUAUAUAUAUG